UUAUUGAUUGAUUGAUUGAUUGAUUGAUUGAUUGAUUGAUUGAUUGUCUGUGUGCAGGAAAGUGAGGCAAGGAAAGUCCUGUCUAUUCUAUGAGGCGCAGGGAAAAGGUGGAUGGAAGGAACGCGGGCAGCCUGACAGGCGCGAGACACCUCCUCUCUCCCGGCUUUGUGUGUGAGUGGGAGGGUGUGUGUGUGAGAGAGAGAGAGAGGGAGGGAGGGAGUGCGCGCGCCGGUUUGGCUCGCUCGCUCGCGCGCGCUCUCGCUCAGCAAAAAAAAAAAAAAGCAGCCUCCGAGACAGAGAUUGAGAAAGAGAGAGAGAGAGAGGAGUGGCCAAGCAGCCAGGCUCUCUCUGUCUGAAGCCUUCUCUUGCUACUGCUGCUGCUUCUGCUGUUUGAAGCGAAAGCACUGAAGAAAGAAGGCUUUCUAUUAGCGACAGAGAGAGAGCGCGCCAGCAGGUGCGGACUCCCAGGACUGCCAUAAGGAAAAGAAGAAAGGACAAGGCGCGCGCUCGCUCCCUCGCUUCCUCGCGCGCGCUCUCACCCAGGUUUGCGCGCUGCUCUUGCUCUUGAGCAUCUGGCUGGGGAUUUAGUCGGAGGCUGAGGAGGCUCUGAGGCAGAGAGGGUCACUAACAGUGAUAGAGAUUCACCUGUUACUGUGAUCUGUCUUCCUAAUUUACCCAUAAGCAAAAGGUUCUUGUUCUUCAGUUAAACUUAGACCUUUAGAGAAGCUAAAAGUGAAGAAAGGCCUAAGUUAACAAGAUCUGGAUUUACAAGAACAAAAAUAUUUACAUCUCCUAUAUCCGAAAAACAAGACGACUCAUCUGACUGAACAGAGUCUGAGAAUGUAUCUGUGAAAGUUGUCUCCCUAACAGUUAAACAGCAAUAACUUACGUACAUGGACAUGCUGGCUUCUCCAUGAUACAUGGGCACCUAGAUUGUUGUAGGGAAACUGAAGGAAAAAAUCCCCCAGAGUUAAAAUGAAUACAGAUAGUGGUGGGUGCGCUCGCAAACGUGCUGCCAUGUCUGUCAAAUUAACAGCUGUGAAGAGAGUUCAGAGUUCUCCAAACCUAUUGACUGCAGGACUUGAUUCUCAGUCACCAGAUUCAGCUUGGAGAUCAUUUAACUGUGGGAGUAGAGAGACACUGAACGGAGACACUAGCAGCUCCUCUCUUGCAGCCAAAGGCUUUCGAAGUGUCCGGCCAAAUCUACAAGAAAAGAAAUCACCAACUCAGGCACCCCCAUUGCCUCCUAGGAAGGACAGUUUGGGUCGAUCAGAAAAAAUUAAUCAUAAGAAGAGUGAAAGUAACUCCUGGUCCCUAACAACCAAACAAACUAAGAAAGUUCCUCCUGAUACUGACCACUGUACUAACAAGGAAUUCCUCCGAAGGACAGUUUAUUCUAAAAAAUCUAAUACCAGUGUGUCUUACACACACAAAAUCACUAAACCAUUGGCCUUGGUUUCCAGCACAAAAACAAUAGCUGGCAUUCGAGCUACUGUUCGUCAAGGCUACAAACAGUUCCCAAAGCGUAGAGUAUCUGCCCUGAAGUUAACUCGGGCACGCAACAUAGUUAGCACUCUUCCUUCUCAUAUGCAGCCACAGCCUGUUGACGCUGCAGCGGUUCCUCAGAGGCCUGCCUCACCUGCCUGUAACCCUGGGUCUGAGACACACAAAGCCUCUCUCUCCAUUCAGAUAGCUCCCAUCCCUGAUAAUAAGGCAGUGCCUGAGAGCCAACAACAUCCACCUAGGUUUUCUCCAGACCCUUCAAAGACGCCUCCAAACAAUAUGCAAUCCAUGUCUACAAUUUCUUCUGCACAGCCUGCAGAGUACAGUGUGCUUGGAAACCAGAAAGUCACUGCCAGUGUGAUGGAGGUAAAUGCUUCACAGUCACACAGACAAACUUCAGCUGAAACUUCGCCACUGCCUCCUUCACCUCCUCCUUCCAGGGUGUCGAUUAACAGACCCUCUCGCUCACCCGACAUUGGUGGUGGCCACGUAACAUCCUAUAUUUUGCCAACCAGUUUUUGGCCUUCACGCUUUUAUAGAACCCUGGCCCUUUCACGAUUCUCAUACACAUACCCUUUCCUAGUUCCAGACAGUACUAUCCACCACAGGACUGAAACGGCCUCUGUCAGGACAGACUCAGCCAUGAGUGAGUACUCCUCUCGCCCGGUGAGUGAGUCCUCCACGGCCAUUCUAGAUGACCUACAGAGCUGUAACUAUGAUACUACUGACUGUUCUGAAACACCUUCCCCAACCUUGAGCCAGAUGUCUGCUGUGUCAGAUGGCACCACCUUAACCUCCACUGCCGCCGGCUCCCAUACUCAGAUAACAGUGAAUGGGACCUCUAGUGCAGCAACAAGCCCAAUGAGUCACUUCCAAAGGCCUUUCUCCCCCACUUCAGCCUAUUCCCCACCGGUCUCACUCAGUUCAAGCACAGUUCACCUGCACCAGAGCAGGACUAUGGAAUCCACAGAGACAUACUCACAGCAUGCUCAUUCUGUUGGCGGCAGCAGCAGCACCAGCACAAUACCAAUCUGUAGAACGUCGGAGGAAGAGAAGAAAGUCACGGUCAUUAAAGCACCACAUUAUGCAGGGAUUGGCCCAGUAGAUGAAUCAGGAAUCCCAACUGCAAUUAGAACGACAGUUGACAGACCGAAGGAUUGGUAUAAGACGAUGUUCAAGCAAAUUCACAUGGUUCACAAGCCUGAUGAUGACACAGACAUGUAUAAUACUGCAUAUGCAUAUAAUACUGGUAACUUCAGCCCGUCCUAUUCGGCUCAAGCACAUCCCGCUGCAAAGACUCACACUUACAGACCACUGACGAAAAGUACUUCUGAUAAUGGCAGUGAUGCCUUCAAGGUCUCAUCCCCUAUACCUCCACCACCUCCAGCACCACCAAUUCGACCACGACAAAGAUCUGCACCAGAGAAAAAUGAGUGGGACCCGCCUGAUAGAAAAGUAGACACACGCAAAUUCCGUUCAGAACCAAGGAGUAUUUUUGAAUAUGAGCCUGGGAAGUCCUCCAUCCUUGAGCAUGAAAGACCAAGUGAUCGCAUAAAUCCAGAUGACAUAGAUUUAGAAAAUGAACCCUGGUAUAAAUUCUUUUCAGAGCUGGAGUUUGGACGCCCGCCUCCUAAAAAGAUUUUGGAUUAUGUUCAAGACCAUCCUCCAGGUCUUUCCAAUGAGACAUCCUUAUAUUACAGUCCAGCAGACAGACGCUUGGAUAGACCUUCUAGUUCUGCAAGUAUAGCAAGUGACUACAGGAAACGAAGGAAGUCAGAGCCUGCAGUAACUAAUCAGAAAGCACACGCCGAUCAAAACGCAAACCGGGCCAGUCUGGGCCGUACAGACACGCAGAGCACAUACUCUACCCUUCGGAAGCCUGUUACAAGCUCUUCCCCGUCUUCUCCAUCAAGAACAAAAGGUGGGGAUACUAGCAAAGUGUGUCCAUCCCUUUCCAGUUGUUCAGUGCCCAACCACAGCACCUCAAAUGAAUUAGAUGGCUGUAGUACCUAUGGGCAGCGCUUGUCUGUCCCCGGUGACUCAAGAAGGGCUAUCAGCUACAAGAAUGGCUGGCAGAUGGCCCGCCAAAAUGCAGAAGUCUGGAGCAGCACAGAAGAGGCAUCCUCCUCUCCCAAGCGGAAAUCUCGCAGUUGCGAUAACCUGCUGGCAGAUGAUCAUUGUGGUUUUCCCGACACACAGAACAAAUCCGAAAGCAUGGUAUCUUUGUUAUGUGAGGAAGAUUCCAAAGGUGGCACCAACCUUUCCUGGGCCUCCCCAUAUGCUUCUGAGAGCCACGGGUCUAGUCGGUCAAGGGCCCGACACAGAUCUGCCCAUGAUGCUCCCGGGUUCCUAAAAAUGUAUAAGAGGAUGCACCGCAUUAAUCGCAAAGACUUGCUCAAUUCUGAGGUGAUUUGCUCGGUAAAGUCUAGGGUACUGCAGUAUGAAAAAGAACAGGAUACAGGCCUGCUGCAGGACUGGAAAGACUUGUCUGCUGAGGAGGUGCCAAGAGAUAUGGUCCCCAACAGGAUAUCUGAAUUUGAAAAACUAAUUAAAAAAUCUAAGUCCAUGCCAAAUUUGGCUGAAGAAGCGUUAUCGGCAGUGACCCUCCUCGAAUCCCCUAAAAAUGGUUUCUGCCCAAACAGGCGGUUCUCUAUUGAGUCCUUGCUGGAGGAAGAGAAUCAGGGUAGACACGCUGCUCAGGUUCAGAAGAAUUCCAAAUCAAAAACUCUGGUGCCAAUUCACAUUGAGGUGACCAGUGAAGACCCUCAAAGGUCUCACAUGGAUUAUUCGGACAGCGACCAAGAUGGGGUAGUCUCUGACCUCAGUGACUUUAUACAGAUAGAAGGCUCUUCCUUUUGUAGUGAAAGUGAUUUUGACCACUUCUCAUUUACAUCUUCUGAAAGUUUUUAUGGGUCGGGUCACCACCAUCACCACCAUCAUCAUCACCACCACCAUCACAAGCAUCUCAUCAGCUCCUGCAAAGGCCGAUGUCCCGCAUCGUACACCCGCUUCACCACAAUGCUAAAGCAUGAAAGGGCUAAACAAGAUCCCGCUCCAGAAGAACCUAGGCGGCAAGACUCUGACUCUGGACUCUCAAAGAUAGCAUUCCUAGUCAGCCCAGUGCCUUUCCGGAGGAAAAAAAACACUGUUCCCAAAAAGCAGACUGAAAAGACAAAAUGCAAAUCAUCAGUCUUUGAUGCUCUGGACUCUGCUCUUAAGGACAUCUGCGACCAAAUCAAAGCGGAAAAGAGAAGGGGGAGUUUGCCUGACAACAGUAUAUUGCACAGACUUAUUUCUGAAUUGCUUCCAGAUAUUCCUGAAAGGAAUUCCUCCCUCAAAGCGCUUAAAAAGAGUCCUAUGCACCAGCCUUUUCAUCCACUGCCUCAAGAUGGUGCUAUUCAUUGCCCAUUGUAUCAGAAUGAAUGUGGAAGAUUACCUUUUAGUGCCUCUUACCAAGACAUGGAUACCGCCAACAACGGCAGUCAAGAAAGUGAUAGUACACUAUGUUUCCAAGUAGACCAGGAGUCCCCUGGGAACUAUUCUUCAGCUUUCGUUGAUGUGGGUCGAUGUGCUCCAAAAGAACGAAGAGGAACUCCAGAGAGAGAGAGAUUGCCAGCUAAAGCAGUAUACGAUUUCAAGGCUCAAACAGCCAAGGAGCUGUCCUUUAAGAAAGGAGAUACUGUCUAUAUCCUCAGGAAAGUGGAUCAAAACUGGUAUGAGGGCGAGCACUAUGGAAGAGUUGGAAUUUUCCCUAUAUCUUACGUUGAGAAACUUACACCCCCAGAAAAAGCACAGCCAGCAAGGCCGCCACCCCCAGCACAUGUUGCCGAGAUUGGAGAAGCUGUUGCCAAAUAUAAUUUUAAUGCAGAUACAAAUGUGGAACUAUCACUGCGGAAGGGAGACAGAAUAAUUCUUCUUAGACGGGUUGAUCAAAACUGGUAUGAAGGCAAGCUACCUGGAACUAGCAGACAAGGCAUCUUCCCUGUGUCCUAUGUAGAAGUCAUCAAAAAGAAUGCAGCCAAAGGUGCUGAUGAAUGCCCUGUUCCGCCAAUACCCCAGAGUUAUUCCAGUGACAGAAUACACCAUUUAGGUUCAACUAAGUUGGAUUUCAAAGCAUCGUCCCCUCCUCUCAGGUACCGGCCCUCUUCUUGUCCAGACUCUAAUAAAGAGAAUCUCCAGGCUAUCACCAAUGAAUGGUUGUCACUGACUCUUGGCUUUUCAUCUCCAAGCACACCUUCCCCUUCUCCUCCACCUUUUCCUAAAAGCUUCCUUUCCGAUUUAGAGGAACUCAACUCUCUAGCUUUAAAAGGCUCACAGAGUGCACCGGGGCUCUCCAGUAAUGUUGCUUCUCCAGUAAAGCAUGGCCAUUUUAUUCCGAUCUCCUCGCCAAAGGCUCCCCAAUCCUUCCCUGAUUCGUCAACUUCAUAUCAAUCAUUUUCAUCAUCUGCCUGUAAAUCACCUCCUCCAGCAACCCGGUUUCAUGACAAGGCACAUAAACCUGAAUGUAGCAAUUUCAGAGAGAUGAGAGGAACCCCUUCUGUCAAGGAAAGGAAAAGCUUCUCGGUCAUUUCUCCAAAGACACCAGAGAUAGUAGAUACUGCUGUCAAAAGCCUGAAGGAGACUGAUGAACAGGAAGAGAUCUGUGAAGAGCUGCUGUCAAUAAUCCAAGGGGGGCAGUCAAAAUAUAAAGAUUCAGGUUUCUACAGACGUGCCCCUGAUGUAACUGAACCAUUGGCAAGGCUCCAUAUAGAGGAAGAGCCAGACGCUGAACAUUUAGAAUCACCAAUAGGAAGUAAGAGAGAGCCCAUGGUAUCUUGCGAAGGGGACAGUUCACCACAUACUAAACAAGAGGCAGCUUCACCUCCCUAUGAGAUGCAAGCGCCUUCCACUUCUCCUUCCCGCCUUGCUUCUAGUCCUCCAUUUCACUCUGACAAAACAUCUUCCUCUGAAUGUGUGUCUACAUCCUCCAAGCCUGCUGUUACUCACUCACCCCCUCUCCUUUCCAAACUGUCAUACAGACAGGAGAAAAAAGCACCAAAGUUAAAGGCUGAUUUAAAAAGAGAGAUAUUUGUCAUCGGCAAACCUCCUCGUAGCCCUGUUACGACUAGGAGAUCUUGCGGCUCACCUGUCAGAGGGCACAACUAUUCACAUAGGCCACAGCGCCCUGUGUUUGCUCAUGAAAAUAUACACAGUGGGGGGGAACCGUUUCAGGUUCUGUAUAACUAUACUCCUAGGAACGAAGAUGAGUUGGAGCUCAGAGAGGGAGAUGUCAUUGAUGUGAUGGAAAAGUGUGAUGAUGGAUGGUUUGUGGGAACCUCCAGAAGAACAAAAUUCUUUGGUACUUUCCCUGGAAACUAUGUCAAGAGGCUGUGAAAUGUUGUUUGUUUGGUUUUUAUCCUACUUAUUUAUGCUGCAUCUCUGCAACACAUCUGCAUAUAAAGCUGCUAGAAAACAUGCUCCACCAGCCUUCUGUUUUCCUGCUUUGCAAUUCCAGAUAGAAGUCAUCUAGUCCAUCUCCACCAUCACAUCUUCACCCACCAGCCAGCAGUAUUACUGUAACAGCUAUGACCGGAUAGCUGAGCUUUUAUGAAACAAGAGGAAUUAGUCUGAUUUCUAGUGUACCUUCUUUUGUGCAUUCAAUCCUUUUCUGCUCCCUCCCCAUUUGAAGCACUCAUACAAGAAAAAGCUUGAUGGCAAAGUCCAUCACGAUGCUUCAAGGAGUUACCAAUAUUAUUUGGGGGAUGGGGGAAUCGAACCAUAACAUCCUUACAGAAAAAUUUUAUAUACAUUCACAUAGAAAGUGCAAGUUAUGGUCUUUGUUUUCACUUUUGAAAGUUUUCACAUUUUUUCAAAGUUCAGCAGUUUGUGUUGCUUUUGUUUUGCUGUUUCACAAGACUGGCCUGGUUGUACCCAUUUGCAAAAUAAGUUAAUUACACAAAUAGAUGGUUUUCAUGCCCUUCAAUGUAGCAACAUAGGCAGAAUGAAACUUCAAGCAGGGAUCAUUCAAAAGGGCGAUUCACAAUUCCCAGUUUUCAUAAUACUUGGGCCAAUCAAUGGAGAAAGGUUAUAAAUUAGGGGAAAUUAUUUUUCCUUCCAAAUAGAAGGGAGCGUCACACAUGUUCCAAUUAGGAAGCAUAUGGGGCAUAUUGUUUCAGUGGGUCUCAACCUGGGAUCCCCAGAUGUUUUUGGCCUUCAACUCCCAGAAAUCUUAACAGCUGGUAAGCUAGCUGGGAUUUCUGAGAGUUGUAGGUCAAAAACAUGUGGAGACCCCAGGCUGAGAACCACUGAACUAGAAAGACACAUAUCUCCCAGUCCUGGGGUGUCUUUCGUAAGGAAAUGUGCAAGUUAUCUUCUCAUAUAUUAGUGAUGUGUACAAAUUCGGGAAGUGCAAGAAAGAGUGUUCUCCUCAGAAACAUGUGCCUUUCUAUCCAAGGAGAAGUGGAUAUCACCAACACAGUUACAGUCUAUAUAUAUUGUUCUAAUGCCGUGGUUCUCAACCUGUGGGUCUCCAGGUGUUUUGGCCUACAAUUCCCAGAAAUCCCAGCAAGUUACCAGUUGUUAGGAUUUCUGGAAGUUGAAGGCCAAAAGAUCUGGGGAAUCACAGCUUGAGAACUGCACUGCAAGACUUUUUUUCCUAUACAUCCCAAGAAAUAUGAAUCCGAUACGUGUAUAUAUCGUUAACCUCUGAAAUUCAUCUAAAGGAAUGAAUUCGAAAUAAGGAAGUCAGAAACACAAAAAUACCCAGAAACUACAACCAUUUCUAAUACAAACCACCAAUUAAUAUUUUCUGUCGUUUCACAGUAUUGUGACUACAGCAAGAUAUGUGAAAGUCUGAUAUUUAUUAUUAAUUAUAUGUGAAGUUUCAGCAAGGAAGGAAAAAUAGUUGUAUUGCAUAUAGGCACUGGGAUGGGGAGCAGGAGUCCACAGAAAGUAUCACAUACGCUAUUACUUUGCUAAUUUGUGUUUUUGCACAUACUUUUUAAUAAACCUGAGCUGUAUUUUCUUUCUUAGCAAUAUUACAUUGAAGCAAAGAAAUAAAAAAGGCACAAGCAUGAAAACAGGUACAUAUGGGUGGAUUUUUUAAAUCCUUGGAUUAGUGUGAAGUAUUUGAACACAACAUUUGUUUUCUGUAGGCGGCACCCAGGCAUAAAUAGUGUAUGAUGGAAAAAAAUACAUGACUUUCUAUGUCUAUGGCUUUACGCAAAGCAGUCCAUAUUUGGUUUUGCUGGCACCUUAUAGAAGGCAAUAAAGCAAAGGCGUUUACUACAUUUCUCUUGUGGUAAAGGACAGAUCUUGCAAGUUUGUAGCUUGUAGCAUUUUGUACAUACGUUUGCUUUCUUUGUACAGAGCCAUUUUAUCGUUGAUUCUUUUUGGAGGAAUAAAAAUCAAGUUCUGUAUCUGAUCUUCUUUGAGCAACCCCUUCCACUAAUAAAGCUUCAUUUUCCCAUUUUCUUUACUCCCUCUUCAGUGUAUAAGCACAUUUGGAUAGUGCAAUUCUGUAAAAUAGGAUUUGACGCAAAAGUUUUAUGAAUAAUAAUAAUAUGGUUUUACCUGCCAAAUCUUAAAAAUUGUACAUAUGUCUUUAUUAUGGAGAAAUGUCAGUGAGACAGAUAAAGAAACAUCUUUGUGCAGCAUACCUUUAUUACUGCAAAUUACAUGGCAAAAGCUUUAUAUUUCAAAGGCUUUCCAUUAUAAACUAGAUGUGCAUGGAGCUUUGCAGUGAAAUCAGUACUUAUCUUUGAUGCCAUUUAUGAUGGAAGACUUAAGUGUCUGUUGCCUGUGAUAUUUAAAAGACGACGAAGAAGAACCGCUGUUUCUACUCUGUUAUCUGAUUUUAAUAGAACAAGAUUUUUCAUACCUGGCUUUCAGGUAAAUUGACUUUGAAUUCUUACAUGCAAAGGGUCUCUGUGUUUUUUUCCUUGAAUAGACUUCUAAUAAAAAUUGCUUGGAAUA